GGUCCGCGUCUACACGCGGCUGUGAGGAAGGAAGGCGCGUGCCGCGUGGGACGGGCUCCACCUGCCUGCGGACAGAUGGAGGGUCACUUUGUUCCGAGAAGACCCAGGCACCCGAGGGAGGAUGUGAAACGGAACGACCCGUUUCGAAUAAUAACAGGAUGGAGAUGGAGUUUCAUGACAAAAAUGAAGGGAAGUCUGUGUACUGGCCGCCCAGAAUCACUUGGGAAAGCCUGCUGCGGAUGCCCCAGUCCCAUCCUAGUCCUCCUGAAUCUCAGAGAACAGGAGGGCAUGGCUGUAUGUUUCAAUUCUGACCCAUGGGAUUAAGUGGAAGUGGUGCAUAUUCCUGACAAUCAUUAAAAAUAAGAUUUUAAAGACAAGUGUGACCACUUUCAUGAUGACCCCAUGGAUGGUGAUGUUCCCAGAACUGGACAUCAGGAAAUCUAGGUGGCCUAUUGUUUAGUGAAAAGAGCCCACGCCUUGGGGACCCACACCGCAGGUCUACGACCCUCAGGCUCUUCAUCUGCAAUGGCGGUAAUGAUGCGCACGUCAUAAGAUUCUUCAAGGUGGACGGGUCACGUGGCUCGUCAGGAAUCCGGAAGUCUGGCCCGUUCGCCCAAUCACGCCCGGGAGCCUAUCUAGCGGAGCCAAGCUGGCCAAUCCUGGGGACGCUUGCUCUUCGCCAAACCGGGUCCCGCCUCCGCGCGCCGCGCUGACGGGUCGUUAGCGGAUACGGCGGCCGCAGGGGCGGAGUCAGGGGCCUUUGCCCGCCUUGGCGGUCGGCUCUACGUUUCCGGUUCUCACCUCCUGCUCCGCCAUGGCUCCCAAAGGCAGCUCCAAACAGCAGUCUGAGGAGGACCUGCUCCUGCAGGAUUUCAGCCGCAAUCUCUCGGCGAAGUCGUCUGCGCUCUUCUUCGGGAACGCGUUCAUCGUGUCUGCCAUCCCCAUCUGGUUAUACUGGCGAAUAUGGCAUAUGGAUCUUAUCCAGUCUGCUGUUUUGUAUAGUGUGAUGACCCUAGUAAGCACAUAUUUGGUAGCCUUUGCAUACAAGAAUGUGAAAUUUGUUCUCAAGCACAAAGUAGCACAGAAGAGGGAGGAUGCUGUUUCCAAAGAAGUGACUCGAAAACUUUCUGAAGCUGAUAAUAGAAAGAUGUCUCGGAAGGAGAAAGAUGAAAGAAUCUUGUGGAAGAAGAAUGAAGUUGCUGAUUAUGAAGCUACAACAUUUUCCAUCUUCUAUAACAACACUCUGUUCCUGGUCGUGGUCAUUGUUGCUUCCUUCUUCAUAUUGAAGAACUUCAACCCCACAGUGAACUACAUUUUGUCCAUAAGUGCUUCAUCAGGACUCAUCGCCCUCCUGUCUACUGGCUCCAAAUAGACCAUGUCAGCCUCACCCCCUGGCUUUGUGUCUAUGGGUGGCCUGUGGUAUAUGGAAAAGUAGCAGGGUGGUCAGGGUGGGAGACACAAGAUGUUUUUAUAGUCUAGAGCCUUUAAAAAACCCAGUAGAAUGUAAUUCAGUAUUUGUUUAUUGGCUGUUUUUGACAGAUUGUUGAAAUUAAGUGAAUUAAAAGGGAAACUCAGAGUACCAGGACGUUUAUUAAAAGGAAACAAAUGUCUUGCAAUGUGCUGUAAUCACAAGAGGAGAAAAUAACUUGUUUCCUUGAUCUGUCAGAGGUCACAGUAACCUCGGCCGAGCUGUUGUUAUUUAUUAUAUAAUAGUAGUAGGAAGUUAAUAACUGGUUCUCUGUGUUCCAAGCACAAUAUUACAACUUCUUUUGAACCAUAAAUAUCAGAAUGAAUCCUCUUCCCAGGGGAUUGAACAGAAGCUUAAUGUUUACAAGUGUUUGAAUUUGUGAUCCGAAAUAACACAAAAUUAAAAACAUUUCUCCCAUUUUCCAACUUAAGGAAGAGAAACUUGUGGAAAAGUUCUGUUUUUUUUUUUUUUUUUAAAGAAGGGCAGCCAAGGUAGUAACCUAAAAAUAGUGCCCAGGCAUAUGAGAGUUGUCCUACGAGGUUAAAGAACACACUGUUCCGCUGUAUGGCUUUGGCCCUGAGUGGCCAGGGAGGUCAACUUGACCCUGCCAUGUUGGUUUGACUUUACUGAGACACAGGAAUCAUUGUUUUCCUUGACCAGGGUCUCACACCCUGGAGGAAUGUUAAGUAAGAGAAAGAACCUCUUUCCUGAAUAUUGACAUGUAAAAGACCAAAGUAAUUUUUCUGAACUUCUGCAAUUCUGAGAACUCUCCAAGGAAUUUACAGUGAUUUUAGUGCUUGUCAGCAUUUUUCCAUGAGGACUUUCAUACAUUUGACUCUUUAGUUCACACAGGUUCCCAUUGAUUGUGAGCAAAAUAUUUAUCUCUUUAGCCCUUGGGGAUCCAGCUGAGAGCAAUCCCUUGCAUUUUUUUUACCCGUGUAUGUACAGAUAUCAUUUCUUGUGUAUGCCAUGACUUGAAAAAGUUUGGGAAGCUCUUUAGCAAUAUCAGCUAAAAGGCUAUGAAAUCACAGGUGAUAGCAGUUGUCAUUCAGUAAUUUCCUACAAGCAGCACCCCAAAGGAAAUAUAGUCCUAAUCUUUAGUAUCCACUUCUAAAUUUAAUGUGAGUUUCGUACAUGUUAUUAGUUCUUUUCUUUAUAAUUUUAUAAAAAAUAUUCAGGAGUUUAACUUCCACUUCCAUGCUGUCAGAUGUGUUGGGCUCCAUCCAAGAACAUGGAAGAAAAACAGGCAGGAAUGCAUUUGCAUAAUGACCCAGAUCAUUUUCUGCAACUGAGAAUUAUAUUUCAUCAUAGCUUCUAGAAGUCUGCAAUUCUUUUCUUUGGUGCAUUAUUAUCUAGGUGCCAUCACUGGAUAAUGUGGAGUGACUAGAGAAGUCAACAUUCACUGCAAGGUACAGUUAGGGUAACACUUAAGAGGUUUAUUAUUUUUUAAAAACUUUUCUUGAACUCCUGGCCAACAUGGUGACACCCUGUCUCUACUAAAAAUACAAAAAUUGGCCGGGCGUGGUGGUGGGCGCCUGUAAUCUCAGCUACUCGGGAGGCUGAAGCAGGAGAACUGCCUGAACCCAGGAGGCAGAGGUUGCAGUGAGUCGAGAUCGUGCCACUGCCUGGGUGGCAAGGGUGAGACUCCAUCUCAAAAAAGAAACAAAAAAACCCAAAAAGUUUUCUUUACUGUUGAUUUAAAAAAAAGAAAAAAAAGCCAGACCAUAGUUUGACUGGUGGCAUGGAAUUUGUGUAUCAAAUAAAUGCAUUUGCUUAUUUGACAAACCAUCAGUUUCUACUAUGUGUUACCAGAGUUGGGCCACUAUCUUUUAAAAUUGCUGGUGAAAACUUGCCACUAGAUGGCAGUGCCUAUAUGGAUGGGGAAAAAAUUGCCACCAUUCUUGGUAUAAUACAGUGUAGCUUAGAUGAGGUAGUGAAAUAGGGGUAUCAGCCGAAUAUUCCUAAUACAGUUUCUCUUGAAUUAAUAAACUGAAGAUUUGUAGGAAAAUGAGUGAGCAAAAUUUGUUUACUGUUGUGAAUUUUUCCUGCAGCACUCUGUUUUUAACCAACUUUCUGUACUAAUAGAUACAUUUCUGUGCAUAAGAUUAUAAGGCAUAUACUCACAGUUCAGUAGUUUUUGUUAAGGAUUUACUGUGUGAGUACUUUACUGUGAGGAAUUGCAGAACCUUUUCCCCUCUACUCUCGUCUAAAAGUUCUGUGUGGCACACAGAGAUGCGACCUACUCAAUCUGACUUAGUAAAACCAUGCUGUAGAAUUUUUGUCUUAAAAAGACCACAUACGCAGCACCCAUGAAAUAAAAGAUUCAUCUGUAAUUGGGAUUCAAAGUGAUUAAAUUCCUUUGUUCAUACUCAUAAAUAGCACUAAAGUGUUACAUUUUCAUUUACCUAUUUUUAGUUCCUCCAUUUUAACUUAAUAAAAAUCUUGGAUUGAUAUUCUUAAGCAGUAAAAGUUUACUGGUUGUCCUAUUUGGCAUAUUAUUGAAACUUGAAAAGGAUAAUUUGAAAGAAGGUUUGAAGUUAACUGAAAUAUGGAGAUUGAAUUUAUACUCAAUUCUUGUGAAAAGUCUUGCUUAAUAAGUAUGAUUAAACUUUGCUUUUUAAAA